AUGCCGGAGUUUCGCAACUUGAUAGUACAUGUCACCACUGGUGAUUCAAAGACCAACCUGAGGGAAUGGGGAUUGAAAGAACGUCGAGGUGAUCCAGGGGUCUCUUGCUAUGUCCAGUCAGAAGUAGGUGCAUCAUUCGCCAUAUCUAUCCAGCCGAAGAUACCAUAUGUCGAAGUCGGUGAUCCAGGCGCACUCUCUGAAAACCCGAUGGAGGAUCAAAACCAAUACGGUAGGACUUUCUUUUCCGAAGAUGGAGGCCGGACAUUACAUGACCUGACAAUCCCGACGAAAGUAGGAACAGUAAUGUCCUCUGACAAAAUUCGAAGAUCUCGCCGCUUAGCAAGGCUGUACGCUGAAAGCCGAGUAAAACCCCCCAAAUUUAGUUUCCUUGCGGAGAUGUUUCUCGAUGGCCGUACGCAACCAGAAAGGAGAUUAAUUGUUUAUCUCAACCCGAAGGAUCCGGAUUUUAAGCAACCAGACGGAAAAGUUUGGUUCAAAUCUCGCUGGGUCGAAGGAAACGAUGGGCAUAUGCGAGAGCAUACUUGGGUGUUCGAAAAUAUCGGCGUCGAAGCGUCAUUUGAAAAGAUGAUUAUCUCAGGCCCAGACCAUAAUCAGGAAGAUGCCGCCUUUGAGGCAGACGAAGUCGUCUCUGCAUUGAACUCUACGAAGCUUGAGGAUAAGAAGACUCAUGAAGUGGAAGAAAAGAACGGAGCGGGUCAGAUCAUUAUCAAAAUCCAUCGGGUCACGCUUGAACGCAAAUGGGAUGAGCACAAUUUCAAGGCGUGGCUCAAGGAAGAAGAUGGUGAAGGCGCGCCAAGAGAUGCGCCGAACGACAUUGCACAUAUGGCAACCUUCUCCAAGGCCCGAAUUCUUCGGAAGCAGCCAAUCAGAGUUGUGAGCUAUAAGCUCUGGCCGGAGCCGCCCUAUGCUCAAUUUCAAUUUUUCUACAGAAGCGAAGCGCAGCUUAAGCUAUACCAAUUCCCUGAUUUUUCACUUGCAACAGCCGCGCAUGGACGCUCGAAGACCCGUCUCACCUGUCGCCAACGAAACACCUUCCUUGAGAAUCUCACGCCGCUCAGCAUCAAACAGCCAUUGGCAGGGCCAAAAAGCCGAGUUGCUGAUCUCAAACGAGUAGAGAACUCCUUUGAAGAUCGAGUCAAGGCAGGAACACCGCCCAAGGGAAAGGGAAGGGCAUACGAUUUUAGCGCCGACUUCCAAAUCGAUGCAGGCUCAUCGGCUAGUGGAAGCCCCACCAAAAGAAUCUAUAAUGCCUCCAAUGCUUCUACCCUGCGCUUGCUGAAGAAGGGGUCCGCGGCGGGCCCGGCGACAAGGAACACCCGUGGCGAUAAAAAGAGUAACCCGAUUGAUCUAGAUUCUGGCUCAGAAAUGAACUCUAAGUUCCGUCCAGGCAAAGUGAAGGGGCAACCCUCUUCCUCCAAGACAGAGUCUGCUGUUACUCGCUUGUUUGGGAAUAAAAGGCAUGUAUUGCUGGACAAUCUCCGCGCGCAACAUCAGUAUGAAUUGAAUCCCGCGAGUGAUGCCGACGAAUCUGCCAACGACUAUUCAGAACCCGAUCUGACGACCAUUCGCCCAAACCAUGUUGGCUCAGAGGACGAGAUAAUUGACGGUUCCAGGGAACACCAGGAUAAAACUGGGAGUAUUGUCGAACGUUCCGACCAAAUGGAUGUUGAAGAGAAUCUUAUCUCGACACGUCUUGAAAGAAUUCAGCUCGGCAAACGCAGCAGGUCGCCCGACAGUGCUCGUACCUUGUCGGAUGACGAGGCUUGGGUAGGACAGGGAGAAAGUUCUCUAACGAAUAACGAGUCUGCAGAGCAUAAAACAGGAAAUGAAACCUCUCGAUUGAAGCGGGAUGUUGACCCCGAAAACCACUACCAUGAAUUACAAAAAUUUGGGCCAAUCACUCCUCACCCUCGUCGCCUUCUUUUCCCUACUCAACCUUCCGGCUCGCACAAGGGUAAUAAUGGACCUACAAGCUCAAAAACUGGCGCUACCGAGCGUAACAAUUCCCGCGCGUCUGCGUCUGGUCGCAACGCCGCGAGCAAAGGUAGAAGUUCAAGAGCAAAGAAGAGACGUCGCAAGAUGGCUUUGCUGCCUGGCGCUAUACAGACUCAGGGUCAGGGUCAAGCUCCGGCUCAGGAUUCUCCUAUUACUAUUGAGGGAAGCCAGAAGUAGAAGAGAGAGAUUAUCCAUGGAUCUACGUAUAUUGCGAACGCUGAC